UUACAGCCGAGAAUAUCCAAUUCGCUAAUGGUUCAAGUCGGCAGCCGUAAUUUCUUUGGGAUCGCGACAAGCUGCAUGAGCUCACCUUUGAGCAAUCUUGCUUUUUCUUCCAUCCAACUAACAACCACCGAAAUCUAUCUCAUCUUGUGGUAUCAAUCGAAUUGGUUAUAAUGUCAGCUUCCGAUCAAGACCCUUUACUCCUCUUGCGCCAAUCAAUCGCCUCAGAAAGUCCUUGCAUACCCACCACCACAGAAGAUGGCUCUUCAGCAUCCUCAGUAGACCUGAGUUUAGCAACAGCAACCUACUUACAUUUCACCUCACCCGUCCAAGUAUCGAUUCCACUUACGACACCCACGCGUUUCAUAUCGUCUGACAAACCUGUGAACCUUCGUAGCAUCUACUUUGCGUGGCAGCAACGCGAACUUGCGAUUCCGGAAUAUAAUGCAUCGUCAUCGGCCUUGAGCGCGCAACUCGCAGGAGACGGUGGCGCUGGAGGUGAAAUUCAAAACUUGUCGUUUGUGGAACGCUUGGAUCUUAUUACGUGGUUAGAGGGCGCGUCGGAUGAAUCGCAGUAUAUUAAGCCUUUGGCUUCGGAUACGUCAAAUGCGUUGGCGUCGGCACAGGUUGCUUCUGGGGCGGCUGGGGGAAUAGUCCCAGUUACUAGUGGUGCUGCGGGGAGACAGGGUAAAAUUAUUGAUCCUAGGUUGGCGGAGAUUUACAAUGGUGAAAGGAGGAUGGGAGAUAGGAAUAGUGUUUUAAGAGGGAUUAAGCCCACGGUAUGUGCUUGUUGCCAUGUCUUGAUCUCUGCAAGAAGUAAAAAUAUGUGGAGGUGAAAACUAAUUAAUUUAAUGUAGGAUUUCUCUCACGUCCGUAAACUCGCAUCGCCAUUCCUCUCACGCAAAUCUGCACACUCCGCCGCACAAAAUCUUGCAAACAACCCAGCACUCGCCCAUAACCUUAAAGCUCCCGCUCGCCGUCCAGAUCCCAUCAUACUUCUCUCUCCUUCUGCGUCUUCUAUUCUUCGCAUGUCUAAUAUCAAAUCAUUCCUCGAAGGCGGCGCAUUCAUCCCCCCGGACUCUGCAAGUUCUACGUCCAGCUCCUCAGCCUCCAUCCUACAUAUUUCACGUUUCAUACCUUCCAUAGAUCCUGCGCGGCCAAUUCGUUUCAUUAUUGUGGAUACACCAGAGCAAUUCAAGCCCGACUAUUGGUCGAAGGUUGUGGCUGUCUUCACUACUGGCCAGAUUUGGCAGUUUAAAAGCUACAAAUGGCCACAGCCUACAGAUUUAUUCAGGAACACUCUAGGGUUAUUUGUAGGAUUCAGAGGAGAAAGUCUCCCGGAUACAGUUAAGGGAUGGGGAAGUGGAGUCUUAGCUUCGCAAGUUGAAAGAUGGACUCCACAAGCAGGUCCGGCCAGUAGGUGGAGGGAUAAGGAAGUAGUGGAGAAUAUUUGGAAGGCGAUUGAGGGGAAUAUGAAAGCUAAGGGUUGGAGGAGGGAUUCUGGUCCGGUUAUUUGAGGUGAGGCAAAGAGGAAAGGAGUAGAUAUUAUCAAAGAGCGGUUCGUCGUGAAUGAAUAAAAUUGGCGCUCAGGAGUUACUACUAUACUAGUUGAUCUAGGAAGAAGGGCAUUAGGAGAUUCUAUGAAAUGGUUGGUAAUGGUAGAGCUGUGUGAUGAACAUAGCCUUUACAGGCGUCGAGGCAUAUUAUAUUUGAUAAAUCGCAAGAUCACAAUGAACCUAAGUUGCAUUUAGAGUUGAGAGCUGGGCUGCCUUUUGCUGUACCAAACACAAAU